GUGUGAUUCCAGAUUUUAUUUGUAAGUAUUUAUAGAAUCCAAUAUUAAUCCGGUAGAAAUAACAUUUGUGAGUCAAUUAAAAGAGAAGCUCGACCGUCGAUGUGGAUUUCGAGAUAACAUCGUAAAACCCAAUCCUGCAAUAAUUUCCAAAUUUCCCACAAGACUGUUUAUAUUAAGUAUAUAAUUAUUUCUGUUAGUUUAGUUUCGGACGGUCGCUAGAGAAGGAUGCCAAUGCGAGAGAGAAUAAAAAGACGGAAUUAGUUAUUUAUUUAUUUAUUAUACAUUAAUUAAUGAAUUAAUCGUUUUUUACCCAUUAUUUCGUGUAGACUAUCCUGUAAGUUACAUUUCAAAUGUAUUGUUGAGAUUUAUUUAUUCGAUUCGUUUAUUUAUUUAUUGAGAUUACGAUAAAAUGUACCUAUAACGAGUGCGAACGUUUUCGAGCGGGGGAUCGUUUCGAGAACUGUGUCUGAUGGAGAAUUAUGGACAAUAUGUCGUCAAAUGCUUUAAGAAACAAACAGAGGAAGGACAACCUUAUUACGCGGAAGCAGGACAAGAGUCCGGAGAAGACGAUACGGGGCACGAGAGGGGCUUACAGGGGGAUACCGUCGACGUCGAAGCGCGAUGAGGACUCGGAAACCGGCUCCACAGAGCGGCUGGACCGCCCCAAGAAGUUCAUGUCCCAGAACAAGGGCUACGGGCUCGGCAAGCGGCCUGACUUCUCGCUCAAGAAUCGGAACGUACACCUAGCCUCUUCGCGAUAUGGACAGAUGACAUCAGGCCUGCACGGCCACGGCCACCAGAUUUCGCAGCCGGCCCACCACCUCGACUCGUCUGUGUUACCGGCUAAAGAAAAGACUGUGCAUGGCAAGGAGAAAACGUUUAAGGUGGUGGUGGGCGGCGAGGUGGCGGUGAUGAAGACGCCGGUGCUGGGCGCGCGGCCCUACAACGCGCUGGCGAUCAUACACACGCAGCAGAGCAACACGUUCGACAUGCUCAACUCGCUCACCACUAGUGUUGCGAGCCAGCCGGUGGUGGGCGUGGGCGUGGGCGUGGGCGUGGCGGUGGGCGGGUACCGGCGCCGCAGCUCGGGGCAGGGCGCGCUGUGCGACCCCGAGCUGGACGACAGCGGCAACAAGCUGGUCGCGCGCCUCGAGGACGACGCCUUCAUAUCGGAGCAGGACCUGGAAGAGAACAUACAAGAGAACACAGCCACAGAGAAAACGGACACGGAAGGAGCUGAAACGUCGCAGAAACAACAGAACGGCAUAGUGUACGAUCCUAUCUACGAGUUGGAUAAACUCGAGGACAAAGACAAGGAGAAGGCGGAUAAGGAAGAUGAGGAGGAGCCGAUUGGGGUGUCGCCUUGUGGCAGGUUCUUCAAAUACGACAAGGAAGUGGGUCGCGGUUCGUUCAAAACGGUGUACCAUGGGCUCGACACGCAGACUGGGGUUGCGGUGGCGUGGUGCGAGUUGCUCGAGAAAAAGCUAAACAAAACCGAACGGCUACGCUUCCGCGAAGAAGCGGACAUGUUGAAAAAACUCCAGCAUCCGAACAUUGUGCGUUUCUACAACUACUGGGAGGGGACCGUGGCCAAGAAGAAGAAUAUAGUGCUCAUCACUGAGCUUAUGGUCUCCGGUACAUUGAAGACCUAUCUAAAACGCUUCAAGCGGUUCAACCCGAAGGUCCUCAAGUCGUGGUGCCGGCAGAUACUCAAGGGGCUGAACUUUCUGCACUCCCGGACGCCGCCUAUUAUUCACAGAGAUCUGAAGUGCGACAACAUAUUCAUAACGGGUACGACGGGCAGCGUGAAGAUUGGAGACCUCGGCCUUGCUACACUCAAGAAUAGGAGUUUUGCUAAGUCCGUUAUAGGCACGCCCGAGUUCAUGGCGCCGGAAAUGUACGAAGAGCACUACGACGAGUCGGUGGACGUGUACGCGUUCGGCAUGUGCAUGCUGGAGAUGGCCACCGGCGAGUAUCCGUACAGCGAGUGCAGUGGGCCCGCGCAGAUUUAUAAGAAGGUCGUCUCGGGUGUGAAACCGCAGAGCUUAGAGAAGGUCACCAUUCCGGAAGUUAGGGACAUCAUCGAACAGUGCAUACGACCGAAUAGAGCGGACAGGCCAAAAGUGAAAGACCUGUUAAACCACGAGUUCUUCGGCGAGGACAUCGGGCUGCGGCUCGAGAUCGUGGAGCGGGAUCUCGUGACGUCAUCCGACAUUACCAAGAUACAGUUCCGCUUGAAGAUCAUCGAUCCGAAGAAACGUUCGUACACGCACAAGGAGAACGAAGCGAUCCAGUUUGAGUUCGACAUGGAGGCGGACGACUGCGAGGAGGUCGCUAACGAGAUGGCGAAGGCCGGACUCAUCAUGGGGGAAGAUGCGAGGAUUGUCUUCAAGCUGCUCAAGUCGCAGCUGAUUAGCUUGAAGCGAGAAAGGAGCGAGAAGAAAGCCCAAAUGCUGUUCAAUCAAGAGAUAAUUAACGAACAAAAUAGGCAGCAACAAUUGCAACAACAACUUAGACAGGUAAAAAUGAUUCAAAGCCAGCAACAAGCUGGUCCUGUGGAUCAAGUAAAGUCGGGACUUCUGAACGGUGUAGGAUCACAGCCAGCUUUAGUACAGCUAGAUCAACAAUCUCAACAACUCUUUCAAGCUCAACAACAACUUCUUCAGCACCAGUUUCAACAACAUCUUACAAAUGAAGAGAAAGCGAUGAAACUUUUCCAACAGAAUCUGAUUCAGGCUCGAAUGUCACCGUCACUGAAUUCUGAUCAAUAUCUGUUACAACAACAACAGCAGAUCGAGCAGAACAUCAAACAACAGCAGGUGAUGAUGGAACAGAAUCUCCUCAGCCAACAAAUGCUAGAACAGUCGGUUCAAGGGCAAGGUUUAAUGGAUCAGCAGGUUCAACAGAAUCUGCUUGAACCCCAACAAGCUCCUCUUCAGCAGAAUUUGUUGAAUCAACAACUCGUUGCCAAUGAGAUUAACAACACUAACCAGACGUGGCAGCAACAAAUUAUUCAACAGCAACAGAAUAUAAUAGCACAGCAAGCGGCGGCGAUACAACAGAAACAGUUGGAGGAGCAGCUCACGGCCCAGGAUCAGGUGAUGACCGGGCCGCAACCGAAUCUCGUUACCGGGCAAGCCCUGGAUCCGUCUCUUCAAAACUUGCAGAACAUUCUUGCUCAGAUCAUACACAGGCCAGAUACGUUGCAGUCGAGGAAAGAGUCGGAAUCGGAAGCCCAACCGCAGCCGCAGCAACAGACGCAACAACCAGUCGUCAGUCAACAGACGGAAAUGGUUGAAAUGCAACAGCAGGUCCCUCAAGAACAAGAAAACGUUCAACCUAACAAUAACUUACUUAAUGUACAGAUGCCACAACAUACUAGUCAAAAUAUUAAUUACACGCAGGCGCAACAGAAUUUCAAUUUCAUGCAACCAAACUUAUUAACGGCGGUCGAUCCUGCUAUAUUCGCGCAACAGCAACAAGUUGCGCAAGCCCAGCAACAGGUCGCGCAGGCGCAGCAACAAUUGAACAUGCAGAAACAAAUGUUAGCGCAACAACAGCUCGUCCUUCAACAACAAUUAAUUACCCAUCAACAGUUACAAAUGCCAGGUCAAACGUUAUCGCCACAGCAUAUUAGAAACUUACAACAGCAGCAGUACUUAGCGCAACAAGAGUUGCAACUACAGACGCAACAAAACCUAAUCGAUCAACAGAAUCUAGCGUUAUUAACACAAAAACACCAGUUGAUGGGACAACAGCAGCAAAAAGUGGAGGAGAUAUUGCGUUCUCAACGGCCAAUGUACACGAGGCAGGGAUCGGAGCAGAGCCAAAUAAGUACGGCAGAUGUUCACGAUCAGCAACAGACUCUAGUCGGCGAUCCGUAUCAGCAGAAGCCUCCUCUACAGCCGCAAAUGUCCAUAGACCAGAUGUAUCAGAAUCAGUUUAUGGAUAAACAAAUCCAGAAGCAGCCGUCGGAGGAGCAGCAGUACCACCCCCAAGUGCACACGAUGCAGGGACAGUCGCUGCCACACAACAUGUUGGCGCAGUUCAACCUGGUGCAGAACGAGAGGCAGAUCUCUAGUCAUGAAGGCACACCAGUGCAAAAUUAUUCUGCCAACCCGAUGAUGUACCAGCAGAACCAGCAGAUGCAGAUGCAGAACGUGGGAUAUCAGCAGGUCGAGUCGUCCUCCGUGCCGGCGACCAUGACGCAAAAUGCACAGUACAUGGAUAUCCCGUCGUCCAUGCCGCAAACAUCACAACCGAUACAACCGGAUAUGCAAACGCAACAGAUGCCGCAGCAAAUCCAACAACAACAAAUUCAACAGCCACAAUCACAACAGCAGCAAAUUCAACAACCACAAUCACAACAGCAACAAAUUCAACAGCCACAAUCACAACAACAAAUUCAACCGCCACAAUCACAGCAACAACAAAUUCAACAGCCACCAUCACAACAGCAACAAAUACAACAGCCUCCACAGACACAACAACAACAAAUUCCACCACAAUCACAGCAACAACAACAAAUACAACAGCCUCCUCAAUCGCAGCAACAACAAAUACAACAACCUCCACAAUCACAGCAGCAACAAAUUCCACCACAAUCGCAACAACAAAUGCAAGUACCGCAAUCGCAACCUCAACAACAAAUUCCUCAACAAUCUCAGCAAAUGCAGCAGCAGCAAUUACAACAGCAGCAAAUGCAGCAACAGAUGCAACAUCAGAUGCCACAACAACAACAACAAAUAAGCCAGCCGCAACAAAUACAACAGGCUCCUCAGCAGAUACAACCAGAGCUGCAGCAGUUGCCAAUCAAGCCAGAAGAGAAUGGUGUCUCCAGUAAAGAGCAGUUCCAUACUCCAAUGACGGAUCUGCCGGCUCAGCAGGAUGCGAUGUGGCAACCGGAACUUGGAGCAGUGGAGGAGAAACAAACUGAUAGUCAGCAGGAAACUCCAGCAGGCACAGCGAUACCCUCACCCAUAACGAGCGAGAAGAAAUCCCGGGGCUCCAAAAAGCGGUCCCGGGACAAGGACAAGAUGCCGCGGCUGACCGUGCUCACUGUGUCCGAAAAUGGUACCGUGGUCGAGUGCCAGCUGGAGUCCAAGUCGAAGACGGUCACCUUCAAGUUCCACGUGCCUGAUGUUAACCCGGAGGAUCUGGCUAAUAAUCUGGUAACAAACAACCUCUUGCCCGAGUGGCAAAGCGGUGCGUUCACGGAAUGGAUCCGCGACAUCGUGCACCAGCUGCAGGCCGAGCCGCUGCAACCGGCCGCGUUGCGCUUGCACAUCGAUAAGCAGACGGAUUACGACUCCGAAACGACGGAACGCGAAGAAAACCUAACGGAUUCGAACCAGGACAACUCUGAGUGCACGACGCCGACCGCGUCGCACGACCACAUCGCGUUGGAGCUGGACGACGCGCCCGCGCACGAGCCGCGCACUACUGACGUGCUGUCGCGCAAGAUUAGCACCGCUUCGUCCAUUGGUUCGAACCAAUCAGACGGCGGGCCGAUGGCGCCAGAACGUGCCGGUAGUAUCGAAUCUAACGGCGAGAAGAAAUCACAAAAACCCACUCGAAAGAUAUCGAGAUUUCUAGUCAGCCCCGUAGUGGACCGCGGCGAAGACGUUCCAGAUGAAAAGUCUGAAAUAGCUGCCGCAGAAGUAGAGAAAGAGCCGCCCAAAGAGGCCAAAGAGCCGCAAGUCAACGGUCUGCCGGAGCCCGAGCCGGAAAAACCGGCACCUGUUCCCCAAGAGAAAUAUGUUCCUACGCAUCAGUAUUCGCUUCCGUCCCAGCCGCAGACGGUGACCGACCACCGGCCCGAAGUCCUACCGCCAGAAGUCACCGCCCCACAACCCACCACAGCACCGCCAAUCACCACUACCAUCCCCAUAAACUUACAAGCAACGAUACCACAACCGUUGCCCUUCCAAACUAUCAACCCAAUACUUAACGGAACGUUACAACCGAACCUUACGAACUUAACAACGCCGUUACAAAUAGCUACGGAUACGCCGUUACUAGGGUUAAGUCAAGUGGGAACUCCCAUGGGGGUGGGGGGAGAACUAGGAUUGAACCUGGGACUGCAAGUGGCCCCGGGGCUCGCUGACCCAGUUUUGGGACGGUUACAAUUGAGCCAGCCGACUUUGACCCCCACUCCGGCGGUCAGCGACACGCUGACCAAUGCUGAGAACAUACAGAGAAUGCUGCUCAAGCAGAAUAUUAUAAAUCAACAACAAAACCUAUCCGGGCCGAACCUUCUGGGGCUGUUAAAUCAACCCCAAUUUCCACAAGCGGACCUCGCGUUACACAACAAUUUGUUGAGCAACGCACAGCCAGCGCCAACCGCGGCGUCACGGCUGGCGUACUUCGCGCCGCGGUACUACCCGCCUAUGCUGGCCACUGCCAACGAUCUAUUAGCCCAACAGCAAGCGUUGCAGUCGUCUGUGAACCAGCUGGCCGGCCAGUCUAUAGGCGGGGGCUUCGGUCUGGGUCUAGGGCUCAACACGCCGCUCCAGCAGGGCUUGGCCGCGCAGAACUUUGGCCUGCAGCAGAACAUCAAUCUCGCAUCGCAGAACUUUGCGCUCAAUCAGAAUCUUAUGGGACAGAAUCUUGGACAAAAUUUAGGUCUAGCGGGUCAGAACUUAGGUUUAAGUGGGCAGAAUCUCAUCGGGGGGCAGAACCUCGGUCUCGGGGGGCAGGCGCUUGCGCUUGGCGGGCAGAACAUCUCGCUGAUGGGGCAGAACCUGGGGCAGCUGGUGGCGCAGCGGGCAGUGCACAACGCGCUAGCUAGAAGAGCCGUGCAGAAUAUGGAGAUGGGCAUGACGAACGUAAACUCGACGGGCUCGACGCAACCGAGCACGCCGAACAAGAGCCAGUCGUACAGCGAGUACAUGUUGACGCUGCAGAACAAACUCUCCUCUAUAUCGAACAGCGGCCCGGUGUCGCCGCAGUCGCCGCUCGAGUACAGCCCGGCGCUGUCGCCCACGCACCGCCACGCGGGGCCCGUUGAGAACAAGGCGGAGGGCGGGUCUGCGGAGGGCGCGGAGGGCGGAGCGGCUCGGCACGCGGCCCGCCUCGCGCACCUCGACCACCAGCUCAGCAAGAUCAGCCUGCACUACAAGCAUCACGCGGACAAGGAUGUUUACAGUGAAGUGCACAGUGCUGAUGAAAUGCUUGCUGGUGGAAUUAAUGACAGCGCUGUCAAUUCUUAUGAAGAAGAUAUGAGCGGGUCGCUGGAGGGCGGCGCGCUGAGUCGUCGGUUUCGCGUGUCGAGGGCGACGCCACUCAGGAACUACGCGCUGUGCCGACUGCUGCCCGAGCACUUGCACGGCAAGGAGAAGCUCGAUCUAGUCCAAUCGCAGGAGGGCACCGUCGUGGAAGGUGGGGAGGGGGAACCAGAGGGGGAUGGCGAGGGCGACGGGGACGGGGAUGUGGAGGGCGACGGGGAUGGGGACGGGGAGGGGGAGGGGGAGACCUCGUGCGACAAUACUUCGUGGUGCGAAGAACGCGUGGAUACGUACGUGCUGACGGACUGCGCACGCGCACGUACGUACGUGCUGGAGGACGUGCUGGCGGGCAGGCGGACUGCAAUAUUGGAUCCCGCGCCCGGGGUGGCUGCUACAGCGGAAAAGCGGCCCAGCCCGGACGACAGCCCCACGGACGAGGGCGAGCAGAGUUACUUAAUAAUAGACCCGCUUCGCGACAUGACGUGCACCGUGCUCGACCGAGCGCUGCGCCCGAGCGAGCCCGCCUUCACCGCCUUCGUCGAGAGCAGGUAUCAAAGCAGCCGGAUAGAGGGUGAGAGCGUAAGCGAAGAACUAUCCCUGUGGAAGAGCGUGGUCGGGGCCCCCAACGGUAGCGGGGCCCUGCCCGGGGGCCCCGGGGCCCCGAGACUGUGCGAGGGCGUAGUCGCUGGGGACCUAGUGGCUGACCUGCUUGUGGACGAGGCGGUUACUGACAAAGCGGUGUGCCGGCAGGUUGUGCUGCUGUCGGUGCGGAGCGCGCACUCGUGACGCGGUCACCUGUACCUUAUAUUUAUUGUGUACCAUACUAUAUCUAUAUCAUUACUCGUUAAUUAUAUUCAUAAUAUGUGAUAUCCGAA